AUGCUCGUACCUCCAACAGAAGGUAACACUUUUCUGUCCAUACCUGUGGAUACAAAGGCUGUGCUCCUUUGUCCUCCUGACAACUCCACAGCUUUGGUGGUAACAUGGACAAUAAGCCCCAGAGACCAGCCUCCCUGCACUAGAGCCUACAGGAGAGAUAACAAUGAGACCAGUGAAAGAAACUGUACUGAUGUGAGAAUAUCCUGGGAGUCCAGACCUGAUCAGAAUCCUGCCCUUCAGAUUGACCCCGUGGCCAUCACUCAUGACGGAUAUUACAGGUGUGAAGUGGCUGCACAUGGGCAUUUCAGUCAUACAUAUUGCCUCCGCGUGUUAGUGCCCCCCAAGGUGACCCUGUUUCGAGGCAGCAAUGGAACUAUCAUGUGCAGGGCAGCUGCAGGGAAGCCAUCUGCACAGAUCUUCUGGACCCCGGGGGGAGAUUGUCACACUGAGGAAGAACCGCUGGGCAAUGGUACAGUGACUGUCCAGAGUACAUGCCACUGGGAGGACCGCCAGGUAUCUAAUGUGUUCUGCUCUGUGUCCCAUUUGACUGGCAACAAAAAUCUGUCCUUCAACUUGAACUUCAACUUGAAUCAAGGUGUUGUAACUCUGGGAUUUCUAGCACCGGACUUACUGAUCAUUCUCUAUGUGAAAUUCUCUCUGUUCUUGGUUAUCCUGGUCACCGUGGGAUUCAUCUACUUCAAGAGAGCAAAUGAUUGCAGUGCAUGAAAAUUAAAAAAUCUGGAAGUCAAUUUAGAUUUGAUGAGACAUCAUGAAGAUCAGACCUUGGGUUUAGCAUCUAACUCAACUGCUCCUGUUACUAUUUGCUACCUAUGUGUUUAUGUGAAUCACUGUGAUAGCUGUCAAAUCCUGUUUCAAACGCUUAGCAAACAUGUAUUUAUACAUAUGCCAAGGCUUGCUGCCUGCCAUUAUAAAUGCCUGAGAUGACUCAUCUACAUUCCCCUUCGCCGUACUGAGUUCUUAUUUGCAAACAAGAAAUAGCCCAGCUUCUUAGCCUAAAGAGGAAGAUGGCUCAGGAAAUGGCAAAUUACAAUGCUUUGCAGUUUUUCUACACCCCUUUGGGUUCUUUGGAUAGUGCUUUCAUCCUUGUUUCUUGUUUCCUCUUGUUUCCUCUGCCCUUUUAAGAUGCUAAAUAAUGUUGCAAUGUCAGAAGCUACUACAAACACUGCCUUGUGGUUGACCUGUAGCCAACCUCCCAUCCCUUUCUUGCUUGCUAGCAAUUAGUACAUGUUUGGCCUGAUUAUUGAAUAAAUGGCCAGAAGUCAUUUUUAGUAGUGCCUUUAUUGCUGAAGGAAUUUUAAGUGGAUCCUAAAUAAAGAGCUCUUAGAGUCA